AUGAGGCAGCAAGAAGGGUCAAGAGACAUUCCGGGAGGACGACGACCAAAGGGGAGGGGCCCCGUCAGCCCGCGGGGCCCGGGGCGCUCACGCCACCAGCCCGCCUUGGGGGUCCGCGCGAGGGCGAAUCCUUCUCCGCCGGCCGCCGCCCCACCUGUGCCUUCCAGAUCUCGGGCGCCCGGGCGCCCCCCGAAGAGCUCCCCGCCCGGCUGCCGCAGGCCGGAGGCCUGCUCCCUCAGACGCGGCGCGGCGGCGAAGUGCCCGGCCGGGACCGGUCCCGAGGUUCUUCGCGCUUCGCACGAGCGCGCGCGCGACCGCACGACGGAACUCACAAAGCAUUCCAAGUCGCGCGCUCCAGAGCGCGCCACGUCACGCGGCCGCGCCGCCCCGCCCGUCAGCUCUCGCUCCCGCAUCGGGGCACUGCGGGUGGCGUGUCAGUCACCUUCGAACCCCGGAGUCAAGGCGAAACUCUGUGGGGAGAAAAGGGGCGAGGGCGGAAGGCCGCAGAGAACUACGCGAACCAGCCCCUCGGCGCGGACCCUCGACCCGGGUCUCCGCGGCCACGUCGACAACCCCCCGCGCUUGCGCAAUAUCUUCUGCCUCCCCCGCCCCCCCUCCGCGGACCCAAGGCUGCAGGAGAGGCUAGGAGAGAGUGGUGGGCAGGGACGGAAGUCCUGGCUAGAGGGAGCCCUGCGCGCGGUGCACGUGCGAGAACAAAGGCCGAUUCUCUCCGCUCUUCUGGAACCUAGGCUUUGUGACUCCUGCAUUCUGAGACAGUUACCUCCCAAAGUCCACGUACGCUACGUGGUAAAAGUCUCGGGGUGUGUAAUCUAGCAGUA